AUGUCGGGAAGUGAUGAGAGUGAAGAUAAAGAGAUAAGAUCGACGGUUUCGAGCUGCGAGUCUUAUUUCGAAAAAGUCCAAUCGAGAAAGAAUCUUCCCAAAUCUCUUCAAGAAACCCUAAACUCUGCCUUCGCCGGAAUCCCCGUCUCCUCCUUCCCUCAAGUCCCCGGCGGCAGAGUGAUUGAGAUUCCGGCGGAAACACCUGUGUCAGAGGCAGUAAAGAUUCUAUCAGACAGCAAGAUUCUCUCAGCUCCUGUAAUAAACACAGACCACGAGACUUCUCCAGAUUGGAGAGACAGAUAUUUAGGAAUCAUCGAUUACUCUUCAAUCAUCCUCUGGGUGCUAGAGAGCGCAGAGCUCGCAGCAAUCGCGUUAUCCGCCACGUCAGCAACAGCUGCUGGUGUCUCUGCAGGAGCCGUUGGAGCUCUCGGCGUCGCAGCGCUAGGCGUAACCGGUCCUGUAGCUGUAGCCGGGAUCGCCGCGGCUGCGGUUGGCGCCGCCGUCGCCGGCGGCGUUGCCGCUGAUCGUGGGAUCGGGAAAGAUGCUCCGACCGCUGCUGAUAGUUUGGGGAAAGACUUCUAUCAAGUCAUUCUUCAAGAAGAGCCUUUCAAAUCAACCACUGUGAGAACGAUACUGAAGUCGUUUAGAUACGCUCCGUUUCUUCCGGUAUCAACAGAGAGUUCGAUGUUGAGUGUAUUGUUGCUGCUAUCGAAAUACCGGUUGAGAAAUGUACCGGUGAUUAAACCGGGAGAACCGGAUAUCAAGAACUACAUUACUCAGUCUGCGGUUGUUCAUGGACUUGAAGGCUGCGAAGGAAGAGAUUGGUUCGAUCACAUCUCCGCUCUACCGAUUUCCGAUCUCGGCGUUCCUUUCAUGUCGCCGGACGAGGUGAUUAGCAUUGAUAGCGAAGAGCUAAUUCUUGAAGCGUUUAAGAGGAUGAGAGACAACAACAUUGGUGGGCUUCCUGUAGUGGAAGGGCCAAAGAAGAAGAUUGUUGGGAACAUAAGCAUGAGAGACAUAAGAUAUUUGCUUCUACAGCCUGAAGUCUUCUCAAAUUUCAGGCAACUUACGGUGAGGAGUUUCGCGACGAAGAUUGCUACCGGAGGAGAGGAGUACGGGUUAGCGAUUCCGGCGAUAACGUGUAAGCCUGAUUCAACGUUAGGGAGUGUUAUCAACAGUUUGGCUUCGAGAUCGGUGCAUAGGGUUUAUGUAGGAGCUGGAGAUGAGAACGAGCUUUAUGGGGUUAUUACAUUGAGGGAUGUGAUCUCUUGCUUCGUGUCUGAACCUCCAAACUACUUUGAGAACUGUCUUGGCUUCUCGGUUAAAGAAAUGCUUAACCGAUGA